AUGGUCUCCAUCAAUUUCAGAUGGCAAAAAAAGCCUAAAGCUACAGCUAAGAAGGAAGGAGUGUUGGAGCUAGAUGCUACUACUCACUUGCAAGCACAGAUGGCAGCCAUAUCCAGUGAGAUAUCAAAGCUAAGAGCUGAUAUCAAAAUACCAAAGGUUGAUGAAUGUGAAAUCUGUAUAGGAUCUCACCACAGGUCUACCUGCCAAGCCACUAUGGAAGAAGUUCAGUUUGUGAGGCAAGGAAAUGACAGAGGAGGCUUCAACAAUUACAGCAAUUGGAGGCCACAGCAAAAUAACAACUGGACUAUCACUACCCGGCCCAACCUUAGCGCAAUGAGAGAAUUCUACAGCAAUCUCAGAGGAGACCCAAGGGAUGAAAUCAUUGUAAGAGGACAAGUAGUCAACAUCAGCAUAGAAGCGAUCAGGGAGGUGCUCCAUUUACCAGAAGAAGAUUUCAACUAUGAGGAUAGAGCUUAUCAAGCGAUGGAUGAUCCUCCAGAAGAUGAAUUGCCAUAUGUACUAUGCUCAAGAUCUGCAGAGCAAGCCUCCAGAGGAUCACUUGGUUCAUCAUUUGGAGCAUUCAUGAUAAAACCUUUGGAAGAAGCAAUCCAGCUAAUCGAGAAUAUCUGUUAUAACCAUUUCAGAUGGCAAAAGGAGCCUAAAGCUACAGCUAAGAAGGCAGUAGUAUUGGAGCUAGAUGCUACAACUCACUUCAAAGCACAAAUGGCAGCCAUCUCCAAUGAGAUAUCAAAGCAAAGAGCUGACAUCAACAAACCAAAGGUUGAUGAAUGUGAAAUCUGCGUAGGAUCUCACCCCAGCUCCACCUGCCAAGCCACUAUGAAAGAAGUUCAAUUUAUGAGGCAAGGAAAUGACCGAGGAGUGUGA